UGCUGUGAACUGUAGAGCAAGGUCACUAAAAUGGUGACACAGGUUGUUCCUUACUUCACUCCCUCUCACAAGAGGAAUAACUGUCACCUAUUUAUGAGCAAGACAUCACGGAGAGAAUCCUAGCAUCAGUGGGUGAGGAUGAUGGAGCCCCUACACCUCAGAGCCCAGAUAGACUGGAAGGAGAUGGAGGAAACAGCCAGAGGACUAGAAGUGGAGCCUGAAGAUGUGUCUGAAUGGCUGCAAUCUCAUGAUCAAACUUUUACGGAUGAGGAGUUGUUUCUUAGGGAUGCGCAAAGCAAGCGAUUCCUUGAGGUGGAAUCUACUCCCAGUGAAGAUGCUGUGAAGACUGAUGAAAUGACAACAAAGGAUUUACAGUGUUACAUGAACUUAGUUGAUAAAGCAGCUGCAGGGUUUGAGAGGAUUUGACCCCAAUUUUGAAAGGAGAUGUACUGUGGGUAAAAUGUGAUGGAACAGUAUUCCCUGCUUCAGAGACAUCAUUUGUGAAAGGAAGAGCCAAUUGAUGAGGCAAAUUUUGCUGGCUUAUUUUAAGAAAUCACAGCCACACCAGCCUUCAACAACCACCACCUUUAUCAGUCAGCAGCUAUCAACAGUGAGGUGAGAUCCUUCCCGAGAAAAAAAGAUUAUGACUUGCUAAA